CCGCCGGUCUCACCCCCCUCCCGCCCCGCUCCGCGCUCCUCCCCGCGCCGCCGGGUCUCCCUCCGUAGACGGAAGCCGAGGAGGGACGAGGGAGCUGGCGAGGUUGGAGCGGCACGAUGGGGGACUCCAAAGUGAAGGUGGCGGUGCGCGUCCGUCCCAUGAACCGGAGAGAGCUUGAUCUGCAUACAAAAUGUGUGGUGGAUGUGGAUGCAAACAAGGUUAUUCUUCAUCCUGUAAACACCAACCUUUCAAAAGGAGAUGCCAGCAGGACCCAACCAAAGGUGUUUGCUUACGAUCACUGCUUUUGGUCUAUGGAUGAAUCUGUCAAAGAGAAAUACGCAGGUCAAGAUGUUGUUUUCAAGUGCCUUGGGGAGAAUAUUCUUCAGAAUGCCUUUGAAGGCUAUAACGCUUGCAUCUUUGCCUAUGGGCAAACUGGAUCUGGAAAAUCAUACACAAUGAUGGGUACUGCUGACCAACCUGGAUUAAUCCCUAGACUUUGUAGUGGACUCUUUGAAAGAGCACAGAAAGAGGAAAAUGAAGAGCAGAGUUUCAAAGUGGAAGUAUCCUACAUGGAGAUAUACAAUGAGAAAGUCAGAGAUCUUCUUGACCCAAAAGGAAGCCGUCAGUCAUUAAAAGUUAGAGAACACAGUGUUUAUGGUCCUUACGUAGAUGGCCUAUCCAAGCUAGCCGUUGCUAGCUACAAGGACAUCGAGUCCUUGAUGUCUGAGGGCAACAAAUCUCGAACAGUGGCUGCAACCAAUAUGAAUGAGGAGAGCAGUCGGUCCCAUGCAGUCUUCAAGAUCAUCCUUACCCACACGCUCUAUGAUGUACAGUCAGGGACAUCAGGAGAGAAGGUGGGCAAGCUGAGUCUGGUGGACUUGGCCGGUAGUGAAAGGGCAACCAAAACUGGUGCUGCAGGAGACAGGUUGAAAGAAGGAAGCAACAUUAACAAAUCCCUCACAACCCUUGGGUUGGUUAUUUCUGCCCUGGCAGAUCAGGCUGCUGGCAAGAACAAGAACAAAUUUGUUCCUUAUCGUGAUUCUGUGCUCACUUGGUUACUUAAAGAUAGCCUUGGUGGCAACAGCAAGACUGCUAUGGUAGCAACAGUAAGCCCAGCAGCAGACAAUUAUGAUGAGACCCUUUCAACACUGAGGUAUGCAGACCGGGCGAAGAACAUUGUUAAUCAUGCUGUAGUGAAUGAAGACCCCAACGCUCGCAUUAUUCGGGAGCUCCGUGAGGAAGUGGAGAAGCUGCGAGAACAGCUCACAAAAGCAGAGGCUAUGAAAUCACCAGAAUUAAAAGAACGAUUGGAGGAAUCAGAAAAGUUGAUUCAGGAAAUGACUGUGACCUGGGAAGAAAAAUUAAGAAAAACUGAGGAGAUAGCACAGGAGCGUCAGAAACAGUUGGAAAGCCUUGGCAUAUCUCUUCAGUCUUCUGGAAUAAAAGUUGGAGAUAAUAAAUGCUUCCUGGUUAAUUUGAAUGCAGAUCCAGCUCUCAAUGAACUUCUGGUAUACUAUUUAAAGGAGCACACAUUAAUAGGCUCAGACAACUCUCAAGAUAUCCAGCUGUGUGGAAUGGGAAUUCUUCCUGAACACUGCAUUAUAGACAUCACCCCAGAAGGACAGGUUAUGUUAACACCUAAAAAAAAUACUAGAUUUUUGCCUUUUCACAGGACAUUCGUAAAUGGUUCUGCUGUCAUGUGUCCUAUCCAGCUACAUCAUGGAGACAGAAUACUGUGGGGAAACAACCACUUCUUCAGGCUGAAUUUGCCAAAGAAGAAAAAGAAGGCAGAUCAUGAGGAUGAAGAGCGAGACAACUCUAUGAAGUGCAGUAAUAGUGUUGAACAGCUGGACAUAGAUGGGGACAAUUCCAGUGAAGUGUCUAGUGAGAUUAACUUCAGCUAUGAGUAUGCUCAGAUGGAAGUCACUAUGAAGGCGCUUGGUAGCAAUGAUCCAAUGCAGUCAAUCUUGCAAAGCCUGGAACAGCAACAUCAAGAAGAGAAGAGGUCUGCACUUGAACGACAGAGGCUGAUGUACGAACAUGAACUGGAGCAAUUGCGAAGGCGAUUGUCGCCAGAGAAGCAGCAUUUCCGCAGCAUGGACAGGUUCUCUUUUCAUUCCCCCAGUGCCCAGCAGCGCUUACGCCAGUGGGCGGAGGAGAGAGAAGAAAUGCUGACCCACAGCCUGAGAAAGCUGCGAGAGCAGAUUGUUAAAGCCAAUUUAUAUGUGAGAGAAGCCAAUUUUAUCGGAGAAGAACUGGACAAGAGGACAGAAUAUAAAGUUACCCUCCAGAUCCCAGCUUCAAGCCUUAAUGCUAACAGUAAGAGAGGGGCAAUUCUCAGCGAGCCUGCUAUUCAGGUGAGAAGGAAAGGGAAAGGCAAACAGAUUUGGUCACUGGAAAAGCUGGAGAAUCGAUUGGUAGAUAUGAGGGAUCUUUACCAGGAGUGGAAAGACUGUGAGGAAGACAACCCAGUGAUGAGGGCUUACUUCAGGCGAGCUGACCCAUUCUAUGAUGAGCAGGAAAACCACAGCCUUAUCGGAGUAGCUAAUGUGUUUCUUGAGUGCCUCUUCUAUGAUGUGAAGCUGCAAUAUGCUGUUCCAAUCAUCAACCAGAAGGGAGAGGUGUCAGGUCGUCUCCACGUUGAAGUUGUUCGAGUUAGUGGAGAGAUAGACGACAGGUUGGUUGGAGGUGAGGAUAGUCCAGACUAUUCAAAUGAAAAUGACGUUCAGGAGAGAAAGCUUGUCUGCAGGAUUAAAAUACUUCAGGCUACAGGUUUGCCACAGCAUCUCUCCAACUUUGUGUUCUGCAAAUAUACUUUCUGGGAUCAACUGGAGCCAGUCAAUGUUGCACCUGAGGUGGAUCCUUCCUUAUCCUCUGUCAGCAAGGAGCCACGGUGCAUGGUUGUCUUUGAUCACUGCAAUGAAGUUUCUGUAAAUAUUUCCGAAGACUUCAUGGAGCAUCUUUAUGAUGGUGCUUUGGCAAUAGAAGUAUAUGGGCACAAGCAGAGUGGUGACCGAAAAAAUCCAGCCCUGUGGGAUUUGGGAAUAAUUCAAGCCAAAACACGCAGCCUUCGUGACAGGUGGAGUGAAGUAACGCGAAAAGUAGAACUCUGGGUUCAAAUUCUAGAGUUGAAUGAGAAUGGGGAAUACUGCCCGGUUGAGGUGACUUCUGCCAGGGAUGUGUGCACUGGAGGCAUCUUCCAGCUCAGACAGGGGCAGUCUCGACGAAUUCAGGUUGAAGUGAGAUCUGUACAGGAAUCCGGGACCUUGCCACUGAUGGAGGAAUCCAUAUUAUCUGUUGGCAUUGGCUGUGUUCAAAUAAAACAUGUCAAGUCACAAAAACUACCUGAAAGUUACCAGGAAGAAGAGGAUGAAAUGGACAGUUAUCAGGAUAGGGAUUUGGAGAGGCUCCGUCGGAAAUGGCUGUGUGCUUUAACAAAGCGGCAAGAGUAUCUUGAUCAGCAACUGCAAAAACUGGUUGGGAAGCCUGAUAAAACAGAAGAUGAUGCGGAUCGGGAGGCACAGCUUUUAGAGAUGAGACUAACACUCACUGAAGAAAGGAAUGCUGUAAUGGUUCCUUCUGCUGGCAGUGGGAUUCCUGGAGCUCCAGCAGAGUGGACUCCAGUGCCUGGUAUGGAAACUCACAUUCCUGUUAUUUUCCUUGACUUGAAUGCUGAUGACUUCAGUUCCCAAGACAACCUUGAUGACCCAGAAGCAGGUGGGUGGGAUGCUACACUUGUUGCAGAAGAGGAGGAGGAAUUCUUUGAACUGCAGAUUGUGAAGCAUCAUGAUAGUGAGGUGAAAGCAGAAGCCUCAUGGGAUUCCACAGUCCACGACUGUAUCCAGCUCAGUAAAGGAACAGCAGCAGAUGAAAGAGUUUACCUUAUUGUGAGAGCCACUGUCCAGCUCAGCCAUCCUGCAGAAAUGCAAUUAGUGUUACGCAAGCGCAUUUGUGUCAAUGUGUAUGGCAGACAGGGUUUUGCACAAAGUUUCCUCCGAAGAAUGUCUCACCGAAGUUCCAUUCCUGGCUGCGGUGUCACUUUUGAGAUAGUCUCAAAUAUUCCAGAGGAUGCUCAAGGAGCUGAAGAGCGUGAGGCACUAGCCAGAAUGGCAGCAAACGUUGAAGAUGCAGCUUCAGCUGACUCUGAAGCCUACAUUGAGAAGUACUUGAGGAGUGUGCUGUCUGUGGAGAACAUUCUCACCUUGGAUCGUCUGCGCCAGGAAGUUGCUGUAAAGGAGCAGCUAAUGGGAAAAGGGAAACUCUACCGCAGGAGCCUGAGCUCUCCCAAUGUGAAUCGACUUUCUGGAAGCCGCCAAGAUUUAGCACCUCCUUAUAACCUGAGCAGUAACCGGAGUCCAAAGGUCCCAGCGGAGGGCCGAUGGGAGAGUCAGCAAGAUGUAUCCCAAGGUGCCGCAAAUUCCAGUAGAGGCAUUAGUCCAUCUCGUACUUCUCUGCCAGGCCCUAGGCAGCAAAAUCACUCUCCUGAUCCAGGUAUUGGUAGCCUUGCUGCUUCCUACCUGAAUCCUGUAAAGUCCUUUGUGCCUCAGAUGCCAAAGCUGCUGAAGUCUCUCUUUCCUGUUAGAGAUGACAAAAAGGGCAGGCAGACCUCUCCCCUUGCACAGCAGGCUGUCCCACGAAUUAUGGUUCAGUCUGCCAGUAUUGACACCAGUGCUGCAAGGAUAAAACAGAUUAAACAAGAGGAAAUAGGAAAACAGCCAUUCGAAACUGCAGUGCAGACGUCUGAGGUGGACAAGAGUCCAGAAAAGACACCCAAAGUGCCUUUGCAGCAGCCCUCAGGAGACACCCAGGCACAGGACUCCCAGGAGGGACCUCCAAGUCCUCUAAGUGAAGCCUCCAGUGGGUACUUUUCUCACAGUGUCUCGACAGCCACUCUCUCUGAGGCCCUUGCAGCAGGAAUUGAUGCUGUGGCUCAACCAGGAAGUCAAACACCUUCAGCCAGUGACUUCCCAGCUCCUGCUGUGACUCAGGUCCCUUCUUCUGACAUGCCAGGGCACUCAGACAGUUCAUCAGAAAGCUGUCUCAGUACUAAGAGAGAGAAUCUACCUGCCUUCAGCCUUCAAAGCACUCAUGCAAGACCUAAAGACAGCACUGAAGUAAAUGGAAACGAUGCUUUGAAAUCCAAAUCUUGCAUAUCUCCUGUGACUCAAAGCGAGCAGGGAAAUGAUGCCUCUGUAGCAACUGAUGCAAAAACCUUUCUUUCUACCUCCACUCCAAAGAAGGAGUUGUUAUCCAAACAAUCAAUGGAGUCAGCAGGACAAGCUAGGAAAAAGGAAAUGGCUUCAGAGUCUUCAGAACUGGGGUUUCCCGAACAAUUGUCCCAGCCUGGUGUUGCAGCCUCCCCCUUCAAAAUCCAGAAAGUCAAGACAUCAGAACUGAAGUCCUUUACAAGCAUGCUGGGAACAGAUCCCAUGUAUUCACUAAACACAGAAGAGCAGCAAGGAGAGAAGAGUACAGCCACCACCCGUGGACUGAACCAUAACGGAUCAGAGACAGCAGAAGAAAAACUGGAGGUGGCUUCUGAUUCUGAAGAAGCCAAUGAAAUUCCUGAGUGGCUGAAAGAAGGGGAAUAUGUCACAGCUGGUGCAAAUAAGACAGGCACCGUUAGAUAUAUUGGGCCCACAGACUUUCAAGAGGGAACAUGGGUUGGUGUCGAGCUGGAUUUACCUUCAGGUAAGAAUGAUGGCUCGAUUGGAGGGAAGCAGUAUUUCAGAUGCAACCCAGGCUAUGGAUUGCUUGUGAAACCAGGCAGAGUUAAAAAGGCCACAGGAUCAGCAAGACGGCGGAGCACCGGGUUGAGGUUGCAAGGAGGAGUCGCCACUGAGAACAGGAAGAGCGGCAACUUCUCCGGUUCAGCCUCCAGCCUGGCUUCACUCACAGCCCUGGCCAAAUCAGAAGGAGGACCCACGCUGCGACUGGAGAAGAACCAGAAAAAUGCGGAGAACAGGAAAUCCUGGGCAAACUGAGACAGCUCUGCGCACAGCAGCAAACGCUGUGCAACGCAGCCAAGGGAGCAGGUCUUCUAGCUUCGGGACGUGAAACCAACCACAUGAACUUCUAGUUUGUGGCAAACACUAAUGAAGGCUUUUUUCUCUC